CAUGUAACAAAUGAGGAAGGUGGAGCCCUUUGUGGUAUCCUUUCUGGUGUAAUUGUAUGCCCUCCUGCUUUUGGACGUACAUUUGGAUUUGGGCCUCUUGAAAUGGAGGCCAUUGACCUAGGCAGGGCAGCCACCCCUAACCGCAUUCCGAGCGGGCUGCUGCCCCUCAGGGCCGGGGCUGGCUCCCCACAGGCCCGGCACAGCCUGCCCUGCCUGCCCAGGAAGCCCGCAGUGCCCCAGGCCUGCGCACGGCCUCCGGGCCGCGGCCACCCCGCUCCCCUCAGCCCCGCACCGCGUGGGAACGGCUGCCGCCUCACGCCAGGCACUGAGGUACACCGGCCCCGCGUGGUUCCCGGCCCGCCCGGGCCCUCAGCCCCGGCACACCGGCCGCCUGCGCCCGCCGGCGCCACCGGGAAGGUGGGACCCGCCAUUGCUGCGCAUAGUUUAUGUCAGCGGUUAGCACUUAUAGCUGCAGUGAGUUCUCUAGAUAUAGGGUGUAACCAAAUGGGCACAGAGGGUUGGUCUCAACUCAGUGCCCAUUGCUCAGCUAGGACUGCACUUAGCAUGGCGUGCAAUGCACAUCAUUGAUGACUGAUGCCACCCAUUUCCGGCAAGUCUUUGGUCUUCUGUGGAGUCCACUGAAGAAAGAUUGUGAUUUUUUCCUAUGUUGUGGGCAUUAGAGAAAUGAUAUGAUACUCUAUGGUGUGACGAACGUUAGCCUAGCUCACUCUAUUAAUGGUCAUCAAUGGCUGUUUGCAGGUCUUUCUUUGAUGGAGGCAAAAAAGUUAAGUUCCUAUUUCCAUUUCACUGAGCCUGUUAACCUGAAGAAUAAAACCCUGCUGGAAAAGGCUGACCUCGACCCAUCCACUGACUUUCUAGACUCUCUGGAGCAUGAUAUCCCACAAGGCUCCUGGACUGUCCAGCUAGAGAAGGGAGGCACUGUGGUGGUGCUGCGGAGCCUGCUGCGGCUGGGACUGAUGUUCUACCAUGUCCCAAUGACCGAGCAGUACGGCUAUGUCUGCUUCGGCACUGGCGAGAAGAACUUGGAUCUGCCCUUCAUGCUGUGACUCGCCUGUCUGGGAUGAGGGCUCGAGAACAUUUAGAUUUUAUACUUAGGAGACUUUUGUUUACUGCUUGUUCUAAUAAAUGUGUGAAACCUCUGC